AUGGCUUUGGGAACAAUCACUAAAAGGCUUGGGAAUAAAAUUUUCCCAACGUUAUCUUCCACUUCCAGGCUACUACAUUCUCAUGCCACCAGUUUCGGUUUCAAACAUGUAAACGAAGAAGAAAAGGCGCGCAUGGUAGGUGAUGUGUUUACGAGCGUUGCUGCGAAUUACGAUACCAUGAAUGAUCUAAUGAGUGCUGGAUUGCAUAGAUUAUGGAAAGAAAGGCUAGUUUCCAUGUUGAAUCCUUUUCCUGGAAUGAAGCAUCUUGAUGUGGCUGGUGGAACAGGGGAUGUUGCUUUUAGAAUCUUGGAUAACAUAAACAAAGUUAAGCAGAGAGGACUUCCAGACGCUUUUAAAGAUUCUCUAGAGUCAGAAACUCAGAUGUAUGUAUGUGAUAUUAACCCAAACAUGUUGAAUGUUGGCAAACAGCGGGCCACAGAGAAAGGUUAUGGAGAGGAUGGUUCCCUUGUAUGGGUGGAGGGGAAUGCUGAAAGCUUGAGUUUUCAAAAUGAUUCAAUGGAUGGUUACACUAUUGCAUUUGGAAUAAGAAAUGUUACACACAUCGAAAAAGUUCUUAGCGAAGCUCAUAGGAUAUUGAAACCCGGCGGCAGGUUCCUUUGCCUUGAACUAAGCCAUGUUAGUCUUCCAAUAUUUAAAGAACUGUAUGACCUAUACUCUUUCUCAGUUAUUCCACGCAUAGGAGAGAUGGUUGCUGGCGAUCGAGAGUCCUAUCAGUACUUAGUAGAGAGUAUCCGGCGUUUCCCUCCACAGGAAAAAUUUGCAUCAAUGAUUGCUGAUGCAGGGUUCCAAAAAGUAGAGUAUGAGAAUCUAGUUGGAGGAGUGGUUGCCAUCCAUUCAGGGCUGAAAAUCUGA